AGUAUAAGUCAGAAUCCAAUAAAAUCUGUUAGAUAUUAAAUUAGAUCAUAUUAAGGCAGGCAACACAAGACCCGCUCCCCCGUCAUCCAGAGCGUCACCCGCAGUAAACAAAUUGAUCGGCGUGGUCGUCAUGGAGGAGAAGGGAAAGGACUAUGAGGAGCGGAGGGGCCGAGGGCGUGGGAGGGGUCGAGGCCGGCCCAGGGGACGAGCCAAAGCUCCACCCAGGGGACUUCGUGUUCGGAAAAGGAAUAUGAUUGAAAGCGAGGAAGAAGAGGAAGAACCAACACCCGAUGAAAACGACCCACCUAAAGCAAAGCAGUAUGACCAAGACUGUGACAUCUCAUCCCUGGAGGCACCCACCUUUACUACACUGGACCGAGGACCACCAGCACCCAUGCUGCGCCUCUCCUGGGACCACCCUGUCAAUCUCAUUGGAGAGAAAGUGCUCUCACCACGCAUCCACAUUUGUGAUUCAUGCAACAAACCCAUCCUUAUCUAUGGCAGAAUGAUCCCAUGUAAGCAUGUGUUUUGCCUGUGGUGUGCCCGGAGUGAGGAUCGAGUUUGUGCUCGCUGUGGGGAACGUGUGGCACGGGUAGAGCAGACAGGCCUGGGCACAGUCUUCAUGUGUAACUACACCAUCAACAAAGCAGUGUGCAAACGUACCUAUCUAUCUCAGCGGGACCUGCAGGCUCACAUUGACCACCGCCACAUGAAGAUGUCAGGGACUGGUGGAGCUCCCAAAGAGGACAUCAAGGAGGAGCGCCUCAGCCACCGUGAUCCUCGUGGAGAAGGCAGGGACACACGUGGGGAUCCGAGGGGUGACAUGAGACAAGAUCCUCGCUCCAUGUCUGAUCCCAGAAUUGGCAAGGAAGGUUAUGAGCACCGUGAAUCUUAUUCUACUGCCUCUCAGUUUUCACGUCAGGCAGGGCAAUUUGGUACCAACAGCCACCCUCAGGCACACCAGUCACCCUCCAGUCACCAGGGGUCAUCUCACAACAUCUCCCUUAUCCCAGUCAUGACCUCCUCACGGACUAACCUUAUCACUGUACCCCUCCAGGACCCUCCAGAGCACUCUUCUCACUCUCCAUUUCCACACCCUAGCCCCACACAUCCUCCACCUUCUCACAUGGCCCCUACACACCCUCCUCCAUCACACUCAUUCACAAGCCCUCCUCCAGCUCAUUCCCAGCCACAGACAUACUCCACCUCCUUCACCACUCCUUACACUCACAGUACCCAGUCUGCCCAGUACACUUAUCCUCCCAACCCUGCUACAGCACCACAGCAGAGCCACUCAGUACCUCCACCCUUGUACUCUAAUGUUGCACCCACGGUGCCUCCCCCAACUACCUACAGCAACCGACCUCAGUAUGAGGGCCAGUAUGGCACUACUCAGUGGUCCACCCCACCCCCUCAGGCACCUUCACACCAGUCAGCUUCUACCCUCCACCAUUCCUCACUCUCCUCUGUGCAGUCUUCUCAAUAUUACAGGAAGAACUUCUGAGAAAAAUCUGACAGGACAGUUAUUAUUUUCUGGAAUACUUGAGUUUCUGAGUUAUAGGGAAGAUCUUGUAUGUUUUGUUUCCUGUCGUGUCAGUAGAAUUCUCUUACGCAUAUCUUUUAAAGUUUGAAACUGCCUAUGAAGUAUGCAGUGGAGUUGUUUUUCAUAUAUUGUUUUAUUAUAUUGAGAUGGAUUUCAAAACUUAUAAUUUUUGUGGCUUCACUACUCAUACUCUGCCCAUAUCCUGAUGCCAUUCUCUUUAUAAUGUACAAAGAAAUUUGUAUGUGUAAAUAUUCCCAGGUUCACUUUCACAUUCAUAUUAAAACUACUUUGUUAUCAGUAACCACUUUCAUCUACAUCACAGCAUAUCACAGGUAUAAAACUUCAUUAAAAGUUUUCUAUAGAAGUUCCUGCAUUGUAUGUUAUAGUAAAUACAGUAAACUCUUUCUAAUCCAAACUAAAUGGGGAAAGAUCAGGGUCAAAUUAGCUGAAAUUCUGAAUCAUCUAUUCUAUCUAUCUAUUCAUCUAUCAUCUUUAAGGAGGUGGGUCAAGUAUACUGUUGCGUCCCAGCAGUCAAGACAUGACUUAUAAAAAUCCUACCCUUUUCUUUCAUGUAUCACUUAAUGUAAAAUCUGAAUGCACUACUACAUUUAAAAAUAGCUUAAGUACAAGAACAUUUUUAAUUCUAUUUAAUAUUGGCAUGAGAUAUUGAUAAUCAGUUAAAAUAUUUAUAAACUACAAAAUGUUAUUUACUGACUUACAUUAUUAGCAACUUGGUUUUUAUCCUAUCAAGUUCUGAAAAUUGUGCAGUAGUUGUAGAUUGCUUAAUCUAAUGAUAUAAAUUAAACUUUUAUAUCUUGUGAGCUAAGUAGAGAAAUAUGUUUAAGUAUUUGCUGAAGGAAGCAAAGAGGAUAAUACAUUACUCGUACAUUGCUGGUGCCUUUAUCAAGCAGACUUACUGACCAAAUUGCACCAAAUGGGAGAAAUGGAGCCAAUUUUCUUAUCUGAAUGGAGUAUAUUAUAAUAAGAUCCAGACAAUUUGAACUUCAGAUUAUGUCAAAUUGAAAAUUCUGAACUGGGCGUGAAACAGAGUGAAUUAUCCAAUGCUCUAAUUAUACAGGUGUAACUUGGAGAGAGUUUACUGUAUUGCUAUAAAAAGUUAAUCCGUAUAUUCAAUCAUCAAAAUGUAUCACUGUAACUUUGUGAUAUGAAUGGAUUCAAGAUUUGAAAUUACUAAUACUUUCCCUUCUUUGUUAAUUAGCAAGUCACUGCCAACUUUUGAUGAAUUACCAAUAUAGCAUCUUUUUAUAUAUUAUUAUUUUUGAGUUUUUGUUUAUAUGGGUGAAAGUAUAGGUUAAAUGUUUAUAUUUCUAGUAAUAAUGUACAAAAUAUGCCUGAAUAAUAUUUUCAGUAAGUUAGUAACUCCCAUAAAAUAUAAUUUGCUCCUGCUUUAAUUAAUAUGGCAUGAGGUUGUUACUCAUGCAAUAAAUAUAAAUAUAUAUUGUUCCAGGCAAUUUUUAUGCAUUAUUUGGUGUUGGUUUUAUCAUGUGCUUUAUGGUAAGAUUAAUUUCUAACCACUAGUUUAUUUAGCUAUAUUUAUAUUUCAGUGGCUUGUUACAUUUGGUCUUUCUUUAGAUCAUGUAACAAACCAUAUUUAUUAUGAAGCCUUUGAAAUUAAAUUUAGAAUUUUCUUACACAGGAUAAUAU